AUGGAUGGACAGGGGCCCGGGGGGCGUCAUCGUAAAAGGAUAGCGGGUCACGGAAUCUAUCAUAGCAAAAACUUAAUCACCUAUCCAUCUGCCAAGGAAGGGGAGGUCAACGUUCUCCAUCAAUUAUCUUACUAUGAUAAACAGAAGAGAACAUUGUUGCGCAUCAUUCUCAAUCUGAACUCACCCGAUGCUUGUCAUGUCUGUAAAGUUUGCAUUCCUGUCACUGUUUGCACUAGAAGUGCAAAGCAGGUGAUUCUUCGACUCCCGCUCCCUUACAGGCUUGGUGAGGAGUUCAUGCCAGGCAACGGAGAUGAGAAGGUCAGAUGCGAGGCAGGAACCUAUGCAUGGCUCCAGAAAAACUGCCCAGACGUGCCUAUUCCGGUGUUAUAUGGGUUUGGCCUAUCGAAUGGUGAAACUUUUACUUGCUUUGAAAACUUGCCACUCUUGUACAAGUGGUCUCACUCCAUCUGGUGUCGAGUCUUCGCAUGGCUGGGGUAUCUGUCUCCAUCGAGAUAUGCUCCAAACCCAGCCAAAAGAGAACAUACCGGUCACCUCACCUAUUUGCUUCUCGAAUACAUCGAACCAAGCCGGGGAUAUAUGCUUUCGGACACAUGGACAGAUAAUCGACAUGACAUCAAACUGUGGACAGCCCUUUUCCAUAGCCUUUCCCGGAUUCUCUUGAGCAUCAGCCGAAUACCAGGUAAUUCGACUUUAGCAGACCGGCCGCUCUCAAUUCAACUUCAACAGUUGGGAAAUGAACAUAUACCCACGGGCAUGCAUCGUGACUAUACAUACUCCACUGUUGAUUCUUACGUGGCAGAUGUGCUUACAAUCCAUGACAAACGUUUCCAGUAUCAACCAAACGCAUUAUCCUCACUCUCCGCAAUGCGCACAAUAUACAAGUCAUUCUUCCAAAGAAAAUUUCGGCGAGGGCCAUUCGUUCUCUCGCUAACGGACCUUCAUCGAAGCAACAUCCUUUUGCCGAUUGAGAUGAUAGGACCUCCUCACUGGCUGACAAACAUGGCCGUUGAUGAGUUGGUGCCAUCUGCGUAUGACGGAUUGCGGACGGAAUUUAUGGUGCUCCCCUCUGGUCUAUUCACAUUCUUCAAAGAACACAUACGACCACUAUUCUGCACGGAAUAUCUCGAAGAGUUUAACCUAAUUAUGCCUUUCCUUUGGGAAAGGAAUGUGGGACGCAUCGCAAGUCAGAAACUUUCUGAUAAGAAAGAGUAUGACAGUUAA